GAGCAGCCUUCAUUGCUGGAAGCUCAGGAGUCCGCAGCUCUAGGCUGUCCGCUUCUGGGCUGCGGGGAUGCGGCCCGAGCGGCCUUGCGCGCCGCCGGGGAGGCAGAGGGCGCUGAGGCCUGCCUCGUUCGGCUCCGGUCCUGCCACUGCAUUCAGAAC